AUGUCCACCAUUAGGUUCACUCCUUUGAAUGCCCCUUCCAACUAUUCCCAAGCUCAGAUUCAGGUGGAUCCUCUAGAAGCUCCAUUCCGAGAAUGUGAAAAGGAAUACAACUUGGCUCUAAGGCGGGAUCCCUCUAGCGCAAAGGAAACAUAUGUUUCGUUACUUAGACACGACAUAAUAAAAAAUCCUCUAUAUCAGGUGGAAAAUAAUGGAAUAAAGUUAUCGCCAAGAAUAACCCGGUUAAAAUAUUGCAUAUUGAAAAACUAUGCCGAGAUUCUUGAGAAGGAGUACGAAACCUUGAAGACAAAAAUUGCUGCUCAAAAUGCGAUUGAACAUUAUUAUAAGGCGUUAAACAUCGAUCCAAGCGAUUAUAGCAUUUGGCUUAGGGUUGGUAGGCUCGCCAUGUCUAAAGAAUUGAAUGAUCGUGAAUUCGCCCUCUAUGCGUUUAAUCAGGUUUUAAAGGAUUUUCUAACCAAAUCAAGUCACGAUGGGACACGAUCGGAACAUAUCUUCCUUACUCCGCAUCACAGUCAAGCUUUUGAGGAACUAUGCCGACUCUUAUAUGAUUUCGGCGAUUUCACGGCUUGUUUGUCCGCGGUAGAUAAAGGGCUGAUGGUCGAUCCUUGCAAUCGAUUGCUUCUUCAAUUGAGAUAUCAGCUGUUAUCUGACACUUGGAUCAGGUUCUCAUUACCGACCAACUAUUAUGACACAGCAACCCCAGUUACACGACCAAUUAAUUCAGAACCGAUACCGAGACGCGUAAGACCUUCUGGAUUCUAUCAAUCUUCCAAAGAUAGGCCUGAUACAAGUGUCAAUAUUAAACUGACUCAAGCAUCGUGGGUUGAAUUAGGUGAAGUCUUACUGCACACGUUCGAUGAUUUGACAUCCGAGAAAAAGGAUCCCAAUGAUUCCGAUUCGGUGGCUCGAAAAAACCAGAGAAUCUUCAUAGAGUUACAACCAUGUUGUUACAUUAAUUCUGCUACCUCGAACGAGACCAGCGGGUCUUCGCAAAAACGUAAAAGAAAAGUCGAUGCUACAACGGAAGCAGAGGACAGGUCGACCAAUGGAAGAGUUAAUAGAUGGGCUUCGAAGAGAACUGAAACGAUUGAAACCUUCAAUCGACAGCGUGACGAAGCAGCAUCCGAAUUUACCGAUAAGGUAAUUACUCUUAUGGCCAAAUUCGAUUCGGACCAUUGUCUUGUCAACCAGCAGCCUGAUGUCGAGGAUCAAAUCGAAAAUUUCAUAGGAUAUUUUAACAAAAUAUGGACAUUUCACGUCAACAGUGAAGAUCAAGGAAGUUCGAUCGAUAAUGUGAUCAAUAAAACAGGUCAAAAGACAACCUCAGAUCCUCGUUAUUACAUGUUCACCCCAAACACAAAUCCUCCGCCUUCAUCGUCGUAUUUCAUUGAGGUUCCUGGUACGGAGGGGGCGUUGAUUUCAUUUGUGAGCAAGUUGAACAACCUCAAUUCCGGUAUUGUUGAUUGUCUGUGCAGGUACAUAAUACAUUUACUCGGAAAUUUCGUUAAUUCUGACGAAGGAAUAGAAAAGUCUUUGUGGCUAUAUCGUUGGCCUGAUGGUCUAAAAGAGAUUGCGAGAGAGACCUUACGAAGGGUGGAUAUGGACUUGCUAUCCAUUCUUGAUGGGUUGUGCAAAAGCUGGGAUGAGAAGGGUAAUUGUGCAGAGAUGUUGAUGAAUAUUGAAGAUGACAAUAUCGCGAAGGAUUAUAGACGAAAGAUGGAAAUAUUGAUGGCCAUUCACGAACUAUUGUUGGACACUCAAAUCUCGUGGACUUGGGCGCCGUCCGCCGAGAAUAGUUCUCAUUCCUCCGGUCAUCUUCCGGAAUUUUCAUCGGGAUUACAAUUCACCUUAAACAACUACAUAAAUUGUUUUAUUAGAUCAUCGCUCUACAUGUCUGGCUUUCUAACUACUGCCGAAUCUCAGGCACCCACCUCUGGUCCUGAGGUGGAAAGUUGGAAUAAUUCCUAUGACAGGUGGAAAAUUUGGGCGUCACAACUAAGCGUGAGGUAUUGGUGGUGCGUUGCUCGAAUGGAAAUAUGGAAAGGGGAGUUGGAUUCUUCAAUUAAUUUUCUCGAAACCUGUAAAAGGACGUAUUUGUCGGGUGAUCACAAUGAUGGAAUCGUGCUGGCGAAUUGUGCCUACGACGCACAAAUAAAUCUUUCGGAGAUAGAUCGUAAGAUAUGGACGAUCGAAUCUCGCAAGGAUCAACCGGACGACGAGUGGACGCUGGCGAUCACCAAUUUUUCCGAUUCAAUCAAGUUUCUACACCAUUGGAUGUCCGACACAUUUGAUAAUGACCGAGUCAUCUUAUUCUGGACCGCCAUUAAUUCAGUUAACGAGUCACUUGCAAAUGUGAUUGGAUUCCUCUCGGGUCAGAGCCCACUCGCGAGAUUAUCAACGAUUGAUGCUAAAAGUAUCGUAUUGAAGGAAUCCAUUAAUGAACCGUUAAGCAUAUUGUGCGUCCGAACGUGGGUCUUGUUUAGCUAUUUGAUAAAAGAGAGAAUGGUUGACAAAUUGGCCGAUGAUUUUGCUGAGUUUCUGGAAACUGUACACGAUCAACUCGGUGAUCGUCACAUUUGUGGAACGGACAAUGGAGUCUUUCUGAAAUUCGUCAUCACGACAUUACAGAAUUUGCACCCGACUGAUUAUAGAUUUCAAGAAUACCAAUGUUGUCACUGCCUAUAUAGGGUUUCAUUGACCGUGGAUUCAACACCACCAAACGACCAUCAGACUUCUCCUGCUGAUCUCGAUCACCAAACGGCACAAUUACUCUUCCGAGAGAUUCGAAAUUAUUUGAACUUGAAAUCACGCAAGUCUUACAAAACAUGGUCGAUUAAAAACGAUGUCAAAGAGACUCUGGACAAAAUAGCAAAUCUCGUCGUUCCCCCGAGCGAGAACCGAUUCUCACAAUGUAGUUGGAAAACCCAGCACUUUCUUGACGACGACAUCAACUUCUAUGACGCCGUACGAUACCAGGAGCAUAGUGAUGAUAUAACAGACCUUGAAAGAAUUUCGGAACAGGACUCAUCGAUUGAUCGAUCGGAUCUUUCAGAUCUUUAUUACUUUCGUGGUAAAAUUUUGUUGAAUCAAUUCAAGACUCGGUCGAAGCCAAAUGCCACCAAGGCUGUGGAAACCUUAGAGAAAGCUAUAGAACAAUUCACAUUUGAUAUUCGUUCGAAUCCGCUGAGAUUCGCUUCAUGGUAUGCCUUGGGAAUUUGCUAUGCCAACCUGGCUAACGAGACUCUCUCGUGGAGCGCUGAGGAGAUCCUCAACAAUCGGAGCAAAAUAACGAAUUAUCAAAAGAAAUCUUUCAAUUGUUUUCUAAGAGCUGCCAAGGUUAUUCAUUGGUUUUCAAAUAGAAACGCGUCAACACCCCAAUUUGAAAUAAUCAGGUUCUGGAGGGAUUUUGGAUAUCAAGUCUACUCGAUGAUGACCGAACCAAUGUCAAUGGAAGCCUUCGAGUUGAGUUCCACUCACGCGACGUCAAGGCGUAAACCCACAUCCGAGCAGGUGUGUCAGUUCGCGGCUGUAUGUUUCGGAAGGGCAUUACAAUUGGAAGUUCAAUUAGUGCAGGAUCAUGAGCCACAGAAUGACGCCGAGAAUGAUACCCCCAUGGGUACCCCAAACGACAUCGACACCACCCCGGUUGAAACUCCAAAUGGCUCCGCAAAUGAAUCUUCAAAUACGUCUACCAACGGAUCAACCGAUAAAAAUAUUGUUCGUGAUUGGAGGAUACCCUACAUGAUAGGAAAAUGUUAUAAAAGACUUAAAAAAAGUCCAGAGGUGGUCAUAAGUUUGUUUAAGCUUGCGGUAGAGAGGACACCCGAAAGUUCUGGUAUUACGGGCCAAGAAAAGAUAUUAGACGCCGAAUAUAAAUUAACAUCUUCAUUAGCGAAAUACCUGAUAACCAGUAAAAUAAAGCCAUCCAUUGUUGAGAAAUCAAUUGGUGCAUCUCUUGAAAUAAACAAUGGAACCGCCGAUUAUACAAAGGAGGGGGAUAUAUUUAAUAUUCAAAAGCCAGAAUACCAGCGGGCAUAUAAUCUUAUAUGCGCGAAAUUAGAGUAUAUACGUAAAUCCGAUAAAAACAAGUGGUAUCAUCGCCCAGUAUUCCGACAGGCUUGGUUAACAUACCAUGUGGAAGAAAAACCCGAGGAGGCAAAAUCAAUACUGCAAUCAUUGUUUCAACUCAAGACACACAUAAGCAAGCCAAUGAUGAAUGUUUGGAGGCCUGAAUUCGAAAGGGCGGGGAGACAUUAUGUAUAUGUGCAUGAAUAUAUUUUGUUGCUUAUAGAAUUGGCGAAAAAGACUGGAGAUAUGGAAAUGCUAGAAACGAUGAAAGCCAGACUUGCGAGAUCUAUGGUGGUGUUGCUUAAACCUGACAUAAUUCGAAUCACGAUGGCAAAUGCUACCCGUGAUGUCGAACAGGCAUUACAACCACAACAGCAGCCAAUGGUUUCAAUAGAAUUGUAUUCUCCAGUUAACGACUUAUAUGAUGUACCCGUUAUCGUGGACCAGGCACGAACACCAUCUACGUUGGAUCACCAGGAUGACGUUGAAGAUGAUCCCGAAUCCUCAAACCGUGGAUUCAGUUCUCUUCCCGUUAACGAGCCCACAAACGUCAUGUCAGUCGCAGCUCUGUUAUCACAUGAUAAUGAUUCGCCGAUGAAUGGCGAAGGAAUCUCGAGUGAAUUCACUGAUCAGCCAAUGGUAGAAAUUCUUGGGGGUGAAACAUCGAACAAUUGUACAUAA